GCCAUUUUGAAAAUCUUGUUGAUUCGGGGGAGCCGAGAGCGCGGCGCGAGCGUCACGCCAGAGAGCGGCCCGCGCGCCUCCUCCUCGGCGCUCGCCGCCACCUCCCGGAGCCUCUUCGUGCCUUCGCGCGCCAGGCCCGCGGCGGCCGGCACCGGCGGUCGACAGCAUGUCCUCCUCGGGCCCAGCUGCAGAGGGAGAGGGAACCCCCGCCCAGCCCGCGUCCGAGAAAGAGCCCGAGAUGCCCGGCCCGAGAGAGGAAAGUGAAGAGGAGGACGAGGACGACGAGGAGGAGGAAGAGGAGGAGGAGGAAGAAAAAGAAAAGAGUCUGAUCGUGGAAGGCAAGAGGGAAAAGAAAAAAGUGGAGAGAUUGACCAUGCAAGUCUCUUCCUUACAGAGAGAGCCAUUUACAAUUGCACAAGGAAAAGGACAGAAACUUUGUGAAAUUGAAAGGAUACAUUUCUUCCUGAGUAAAAAGAAAACGGAUGAACUUAGAAAUCUACAUAAACUACUUUACAACAGACCUGGCACAGUGUCCUCAUUAAAGAAGAAUGUGGGUCAGUUCAGUGGCUUUCCAUUUGAAAAAGGAAGUGUCCAAUAUAAAAAGAAGGAAGAAAUGUUGAAAAAGUUUAGAAAUGCCAUGUUAAAGAGCAUCUGCGAGGUUCUUGAUUUGGAGAGAUCAGGUGUAAAUAGCGAACUGGUGAAGAGGAUCUUGAAUUUCUUAAUGCAUCCAAAGCCUUCUGGCAAACCAUUGCCAAAAUCUAAGAAAACUUCUAGCAAAGGCAACAAAAAGGAACGGAACAGUUCUGGAAUGGCAAGGAAAGCUAAGCGAACCAAAUGUCCUGAAAUUCUGACAGAUGAAUCCAGCAGCGAUGAAGAUGAAAAGAAAAACAAGGAAGAGUCUUCAGAUGAAGAAGAUAAAGAAAGCGAAGAAGAGCCACCAAAAAAGACCUCUAAAAGAGAAAAACCUAAACAGAAAGCCACUUCCAAAAGUAAGAAAACUGUAAAAAGCGCUAAUGUUAAGAAGGCAGAUAGCAGCACCACCAAGAAGAAUCAAAACAGUUCCAAAAAAGAAAGUGAAUCUGAGGACAGUUCAGAUGAUGAACCUUUAAUUAAAAAAUUGAAGAAACCUCCUACAGAUGAAGAGUUAAAGGAAACAGUGAAGAAAUUACUGGCCAGUGCCAACUUGGAGGAAGUCACAAUGAAGCAGAUUUGCAAGGAGGUCUCUAUGCUAAAGACAUAGUCACAUCUGCACAAAAUGAUUACAAUAAUGUUCAGCAUGUCUGUAAUAUUGAAAAAUCAGAAACAACCUAAAUGGCCAUCGAUAGGGAAAUGUUUAACAUGGUACGUCUGUAUUUUUGGAAUGCUAUGUAGCAGUUCAAAAGAACACGGAAAAACGUUCCAGGUAUUGUCAACUUUUUGAAAAACCUAGAAUAUUAUCCUAUCUAAGUAAAUACGGGAAAACCAUAUUGCCAUUGAUGUAUCUAUGAGUUUGUGUAGAAACUCAUUUUUAAAGGUCUGGAAGAAUGCACAGCAAACUGAUAACUGGUUUCCUCUGAGGGGAGAGAUGAGGGAAGAGUAAAGGGAGAUGAGUCCUAUGCGUUUGAUUUUCGUGAAUACACUUACAUAAUUUUUUAAGUGGAUUAUUUAACAGGCAGAGGUCCAGUGAGAAAGACCUGUGUGGUUUUUUGGACUCCGCAAUUAGAAGAUGAUUGUUCACGUAAUAAGAGCAGUUCCACGGAUGAUAAAUGCAGGGAUUAAUUACCCUUGGAUCAAGAAUUAAUAGUGAGGAAAGUGAAUAAAGCUGUUUUAAACAUCUUGCUGUAGAAGGGAAAUCGUAGUUAAAUGGGGGGUGAGGAUACAAGUUGAUAAAAUACUUAAGGUCAGGGAGAGAAAGCACAUGCUUAUGUUAGGCUGAGGGACUAGUGCUGGGGAAGGAGGAGAAGCUGAUGUACAGGAGAGUUCCAGAAAGGGUCCCUGCAGAGGUAACGGAAAUGGGGGAUAUUGAUGGAUCCACAUACAGUAAACUGGAGGGGAAGAUAGGUCAACAUUGAAGGAAUUCUUGGCCAAGAGCAAGAGGGAGGAAGGGAUGAAAAUGCCAUUGAUAGCACAGGAGGACCUGCUGAGAGAGAGUCGGGUUAACCCCGGGAAGGUUCGGACAUCGGAUACCAUGAACUUGGCAUGGGACCGGUCUUUUAAAAGUUCUGUGUUCCCACAGCAGUCUUUCCUCCGGAUCAGUCAUAGAAAAAGUGGUAGUUAGACCAGUUCAGGGACGGAGUUUUGCAGGGAAGUAACAAGGGGUGAAUGACAGGAGCGAUGUAAAUGAUCGACUCUGUUUGCAGGACUUGGCAGACCGCAGCCUGUGGGCCAAAUCCCUCUUACCAUCUGGUUUUGUAAAUAGUUUAAUGUGACAACAGCCACAUGCAUUCAUUCAAGUGUUGUCUGUGGCAGCUUUCAUGCUACAGUGGCACAGUUGAGUAGUUGUGACAAACUGUGUUCCUGGAAAAGCUGAAACCACUUACCGUCUGGCCCUUAACUGAAAAAGUUUGCUUACCUUGUCUAGUCCUUAGGAGCGAAGCAGGCAGGCUUGUGUGGAGUCAGGCCGGGGAGUGAUUGUGAAGUCAAGCAGGUGGCAAGUUGACCAAAGAGAGGGGCCGUUUAGAGAGUAAAGCUGUAGGGUAGAGGACCCCUGAGACCACCUGGAUCUCAGUGAUUUAACUUAGGGGACGGGGUGGAGCAGUGCAGCGGAGGCUGAAGUUCAUUCGAGUUCAGGUCGAGGCUGUCAGUGUUGGAUGACGGAAGGAAGAACGUAAGGCUGCCUCCACGGAACAUCUGGCCGACAGCCUGCCGGUAUAAUGAAUUCAGUCCACUUACCUACCAUCUCUGUGUAGGUGUUUUCCUCGCCUGUGUGUGUUAAUUCAGCUGAUACUCCCAGUAGUAGAGAGGACACUGAGAAUGGCUGCGUCCUAGUUUAGUUUCUGCUCGUUUGCAGUGGUUGCAUAUGGUGAACCAGAAUUCUUAGGACAGACGUGCCGCUAUUUGUACGCGGCCUACAUUUCUUCUGUAUCCAAAGGUAAACUGUGUUACUACUGUAUUUUUAAAUCUACUUUUAAUUUUCACUAUAGGUAUAUGAAAAUUAUCCUGCUUAUGAUUUAACUGAAAGAAAAGAUUUCAUAAAAACAAC